AUGGAUGGUUUUCUUCGGUGCAAUUGCUUUUCAUACGCGUGCCUCUUGUCGUUGAACAUGCUCUUAAUUAUCAAUGCAGUGCUUGCAGGUAGUACUAAUUAUGUGGAACUUGUUUGUUCCAAGGAUUCGGACCAAGCUUUUUGCAGGAGCAUUCUAACAUCGGAUCCUCAUUCCCAGAACGCAAACUUUACCGGGUUGGCGAACAUUGCAAUAACCUAUGCAUCCCGGAGUGCCAAUGCUACUGCAGCAAAGAUUCAGUCCCUCUCGCGGUUGGAAAAGGAUCCACGACGCAAAGCGAAUUUCGCGGCAUGUGCUACAUACUAUGAAGGAGCUAUUGAUUCUCUGACAUAUGCAUCGGGAGAUUUAGCGAGUGGACAAUACCUUCUACUUAAUUUAGACGGAGGGCGUGUGAAUAGCGAAGCUAUUUCUUGUGAAAAUAUGUUCAAGAGUCGAUCCCCACUUACAAGGGAGAAUUAUCUCUUGGCGCAGCUCGGUGAAAUAAUUAAAUUUGAUGUGGUGGCCGAUGGAAGAGGUGGUGCUUCGGUGGUGAUGGUGAAGGAGAGACAAGUGUGGGUGUAG